AUGUUCUCAAUCCAAGCUCGUGAGCCAUCAAUUCUUGAGAUAGCGGAUCCCAGAGCGACGACCCUGGAGGUUGAUGAUAGUGAUACAGAUAGUAGCGUUACUCUUGGCGAUGGUUCGGAAAGGCUUCACCAUGCCGAUGAUGUGGUGAUCAUCUCGGAGCAUCGUCCUCGAGACCCAACACCCUUUUUGCUGUCCUCAAACGCAGCAACAAACCUGCGCGAGCUGGCCGACCUGACCAAUCCGACAUUUCACACCUUUGAUAAGGAUGAUUACCGUACCGAUGAAGAAUUUGAGUUACUCCUUGAAAAUUACCAGCUGAACACUCCAAGUCCAGGAGUGGCGACAUCGGCUGAGGGAAACCAUGAGCAAACAAGAGUGCCUGUUCAUGAGGUAUGCGUGGACGGCAUACUUUAUAAAGCUGGUCAAUCACUUGAGCUUUAUGACGGGUCAUAUCUCCGGAUAUGUACAAUUCUUAAGGAUGGCACGGGUGCCAUUUAUUUCGAUGGCCGCAGACUGAUAAAGACAAGAAAUCACGCCGGUACCUACGUUCCCAAAGAGCAAAAUGAACUUGUCUGGAUUGUGAAUAUAACGGAGAUCAUAUCCUUUCAUAUGGCCAAGAAAUUCGUUAGUAUAAUCUUCACCAACAAUUGCGAUAGAGGCAACCAGCAGAAGCUGCCCGGCGACCUUUGGUGUCGCUUGAAGGAGAAUAUAGAAGGUGGAGAAGUCUCGAUAGAGUACUUGUCAUCUAAGGAAGCCGAUGAAGGGCAUAUGGUUGAACCGGCUAUAUUACGCCAACUUUGGAGGGGGAAGACACGAGCUUUUGGCGAAGAGGACCGCUCUAGAGACUGGCCACCUGUAAUUGUGCUAGACAAUUCUGACCCUGUUGUUGACCUCACCUGUACAGAAAGUGUGGAAGAGCAAAAGAGACGGCGGCAGUAUACCUUCGGUGACGGUUUCUGUGGUGCCGGAGGAGUUUCAUGUGGCGCUCGCCGAGCCGGUCUUUAUAACAAGUGGGCAUUCGACAAGUCCAAACACGCAAUCUCUACCUAUCGGCUUAAUUUUGAGCAUGCAUAUUGCGAGCUGAGUGAUAUCUUUAGCUUUCUGACAAGUGAUGAUGAGUUUCUGAGGGUAGAUGUCAGCCACAGCUCGCCACCCUGUCAAACGUUUUCUCCUAUUCAUACUAUCGAGGGCAUUCACGACGAUGCCAAUUCGGCGUGUAUCUUCUCUUCCUUGGAUUUGAUUAAACGCGCCAAGCCUCGAGUACAUACUCUGGAGGAAACGCAUGGAUUGCUUUCGCUUGGUCAGCACCGCGAUACAUUUUAUCGGGUGAUAAAUGACUUCAUCGAAAUUGGAUACUCCGUCCGUUGGUGUAUUUUGCGACUUAACGAAUACGGAGUCCCACAGACCCGAAAAAGGCUCCUCGUCAUUGCUUCUGGACCUGGAGAAACGCUGCCGCCUUUUCCGCGCCCCUCCCAUGGCCCAGGAUUGAGGGAGGACCCUCAUAUCCACGAAGCUAUUUCCAAUAUUCCCUUAGGGACAGCGAACCAUGACAUCCAGGGAGCACUAAGUCGUGGUUUCAACAAACCCCCCUAUGACCCAUACCAGCCAGCUCGAACAGUCACUUGUAAUGGAGGCGAGAAUUAUCACCCUUCAGGUCGAAGGAACUUCACCCAUCGGGAGUACGCCUGUUUACAGACGUUCCCCCUGAGCUUUCGAUUCGGGCCUCAUGAGGUUUUAAAACAAAUUGGGAAUGCCGUUCCUCCUUCGCUAGCUGAAGCUAUGUAUAAGGAGAUUGUUCGGACACUGCAGGAAACGGAUGAGGAGGAAGUUAGACGGAAUAUGAGAGAAUGA